GGCUCUAUGGGUUAGCAGUGGGAGUCCGCCCACCAUGCUUGUCUCCAUACGGAAAAAAAGUUGGGAGGAUCAUGUGACCCACCGUUCUGGGUUACAGUACAGCUACGACGACCUGGACCUGGUCUGUUGCCAUGGCGUCAGUGGCGACGGGCCUCGGCUGGCAUCGGGGGGGUCCAAGCAGGGGCGUAGGGAACGAUGUGCCUCCAUGCCGGAGUGCUGUCACCGGCCGCGCCACGAUGGCCUCAACGAUGGGCAGGGUCACGCGUUGGAGUUUGUGACCUCGGUCAACAUGGAGGACAAUGGCGAUCGCUUUGCGCCGGGGCACGUGAUGUCAGCAGGCGACUUUGAUUCAACUGUUUUCCCUGUGUUCCAGGCUGAGCUGGUAGAUGGCUCUGAUGGGGCUGUUGUAGAUGAUGACCUCACCGGGAGGCUGACGGAGUUUGAACCUGGAAGAAUGCCGGACGCUGUUGAGGACUCAGUUAGCAGCCAAUCUCACUGUGACCUGGGCAAUGGGAUUCUUCAGCCAAAGCCAAACAUCAUCUGCACUGCAGACAGCGGUCAUGAGGAUGAGGAUGACAUUGAGGAUGGCACCGAUGAUAACGAGCAUCCCGACGUUGUUGAUGACCGCGUCGCAAUCGCUGUUCAAUCCUUCUCUGUUGACGAGGGACAAAGGGUCUCUAUUUGUCCGGACAAUGGAGUUUCACUGGCCUUCUCUGUUGGUGAGCAAACUGGCAGACAUCCAGAACUCCUGGAGACUACGGCCAACCAUACAGACGGUCAGGGUGGACUUCCAGAACCCUUAGAGGACACACAGACCCAGUCUCCUCAUACUGAACUUGAACCACGAGAGGACCUCUCCACUUUAGAUGAAAGCAUCAUCACUGGAGCAAUCCAGCCAGCAGCCAUUUUGGAUACCUCAAAGAACCCAGAGGGCGAUAGUGAUGUAAUAUCAGAUGUUCAUGCGGAGAUCUUGGAGGCUCCUGUUGCAGACGUUAUGGAGGGGGACGUUAUGGAGGAAGAUGUUAAGAGGAAAGCCUUAGAUAGGAAGAAUGAGGAUAGUGUUGAAGAUGCUGACGGAUUGAAUGUUCAGAGGAAAGAUUAUGAAAGUCGUGAUAAAUUUGACCAGAUUCCGAGGGGGCAACGUGCUGUGUCAGUGGAUGGCAGUCAAACAGAACAAGAUCAGCAUGAUAGUGUGAGGACUGAUGAUGGUUGUGAAAUGGCUCAGGACCAGACAGUGUUGGGAAAGGAGGAUGUUGACAUGGUGGAGAUGGAAGGGACCCGAGGAGAGGAAAGGGCUCUGGAAAUGGGCAGGGAGAAAACCCCAGAGGAUAAGGCAAGUGUAGCCUCUGUGAAUGCUUCGUGUGUCACAGCACAACGUUCUGAGGAACUGGACAGGCGCCCAUUAGCUGGACAGCAGAAUUUUGAACGUUCAAAAAUUGACGGAAUACAGGAAUGGACUACUGUAGAGGACACGGAGCAUCCGAUGAUACAGGUGCACUCUGAUGACCUCACAGUGAAGAAUACGAGUGGCGGCUUGGUGUCCGAAGACCUAACCUCGGCUGUAACAACCGAAGGACAGCACAGCGAUGGCGGCUCAAAGCUGGAUACCAUCCAUGAGAUGAACCAUUUCGAAGCAGAGGACGACUCAGUCCUCCUGGGGAGACAAGGGGAUUCGGACAUGGGUAUAUCCACCUCUCCAGCAGCCCGGCUCCCCAAUAUGGCUGCUGACCCCAAAAUGGACACUCUCAGUCAACCAACAUGUCCUGGGGAGGCAAAUGAGCCCGUACCGGAGAGAUGCCAUGGAAACCAAGCCCCUGUUAAACAAUUAGGUGAGUCACCUGUUGUAGAGGCAGUAGACGGUCAGAAAGAACAGGACAGGCCCAGUGAUACACAAGCUACAACGGAGGCGAUUGAGGAAGUAGUGCAGCCAGGCAACCCCGGCAACACUCAUCUUGGCGACAAGGCUUCAGACGUGAAGCGAGAGGCCAGCCGCGGGGAUGACAAGAGGGAGGACCAUGUGGUGAAACUUCGCGCUAGAAAGGUAAGCUAUAAAUUCAGUUCGCUGUUGCAUGGUGGUCAGGCUUUGCUGGUGUGUGUGGGGGAGGCGGGUGUCUGUGCGCGUGAGUCUGAAAGUGUGGAGUGUACACACAUUUACAUUUUAGUAAUUUAGCAGACGCUCUUAUCCAGAGCAAUUUACAGUUAGUGAGUGCAUAAAUUUUUCAUACUGGCCCCCCGUGGGAAUCAAACCCACAACCCUGGCGUUGCAAGCGCCAUGCUCUACCAACUGAGCUACAGGAGGCCUAUGUUCCGUAUUUUGCUAUUGUUUAUGACCGCGUGUGUGUACUGAGUAGUAUAUAGUCAGUUUCUUCCUGCCAGUUAUUGGGCGGUGGUGAACGUUAAGCCCAGCCCACAAAUCACUACGUCCCGCGCAGUGCCUGGCAUGCCUCUUGGAAAAACAAUGACUUCACUUUCACAUGAUGCCCAUCUGUGACUACACUAAGGGGAUCUGUAAAAUGUUCUACACUUUCCCAAUGUUAUGCUGCAUAAAAACAAGUUCCUAUAAGGGCAUGGAAACUGUGUGUGAGGGUAUUGGAAACAAAUAGCCAGAGACGGACUGGUCAUAGGGCAAUUCUGGCAAAUGCCAGAUGGGUUGGUCCAUCUUUAGCUCAGGGGGUCUGAAUUGGGGGUCUAAAUUGGGGGUAUAACACAAAAUGAUAAUUUUGGGGCUAAUAUUUGGAAGGAAAUGGGCUAGUGUGUGGACCUCAAUGCCCGGGCCGAUAUCUGGUCCCAGUCCACCCCUGCACACAGCGCUGGGUGUCAGUAGCUAGAGGAGCCAGAACAGCCUUAGCUUGGCAUCCCUGAGGUGAAAGACUCAAACCCCACUGAGCCAAAUACCUCACACACUGUUUAUACACCAUUAACCUUAGUGCUAGCUAGCCUGUCAAAUACCUUGCACUGUUAUACCAUUAGCUACGGUACUAGCUAGCCCUGUCAAAUGCCAAAUACCUUGCACUGUGUAUACACCAUUAGCCAAAGUGCUAGCCUGUCUGGAACUACCUAAGGUUGUUAGUACAUAGUUAGCGGUAGCGCCAGCCUGAUGGCAACAACCAAAAAUCUAAUACCUGAGACUGUUUAUCGACUAUUAGCCGUAGCGCUAGCCUUUAGCAAACAACCACAACAGAACCUUAUUUACAGAGUCGUUAGGCCUAUUUACGAGUCUGCUUAUUUUUAAGUAGGCACAUCGUUUGGAUAGGGACUCCGCCCAAGCACAACACUCAUGCCACAUACUUGGCUCAUUCCAGACCAUACUGUGUGUUCUUUGCUGUUGUGGUUGUCGCUCACCUUACCACAAGUAAACGUCAAGCCAUUUCACGGUACAUAUGGUGAAACACCGACGUAGUUAGCGGUCAGCGAUGUGACAUUUUCUAAAUGGAUGUGGUCCCUGAUGGCCUAUAAAGAGAGAGAGUUUGAUUGCCUUGUUGAAUGAGUAAUGGGUGUAGUCUUUAACUUUUCUCAUCUAAGUGAUGAUGCACAAUGCGUUGACACCGAUGAUGUCCUCAAGUGCAAUCUCUAGACGGAUAGUCAAAAGGCUGUGAAAUUGCAUAAUGCCUCAGGGCUUGAUGUGGCAUUGCUUCAACAUAAAUCUCACAUUUGCGUAGCAUUUUUUUUGUAGGUCUUUUUAGCCGUACCAGACAUCAGAAGAUUCAGUGCCAAAAACCAUCGCAAAGCCUGUGAGAUCACUGUCCUCAGAAAACAUGGAAAACCCAUGAAGCUUUUAUUGUGGACGUCUCCAGUUUCAAUCUCCGACUGAAAAAAAGCCCACUGUGAUUUAAAGAUGGGGAGGGUGCAAAGACAAUCUAUUUGCCAUAUGGGAAAGACUUGUCUAACGUUACCACAGCGUUUGAGGACUUUUGCACUGCGUGCGGCCAAUUGACUUAGCAAAUAUGCACUGGGGCAGGCCAGUCAGAGAAGUUCCAGGUCUGACUCAGGGUUUCCCUCUCUCACUCUCUCUCUCUCUCUUCUCUCUCUCUCUCUCUCUCUCUCCUCUCUCUCUCUCUCCUCUCUCUCUCUCUCUCUCUCUCUCUCUCUCUCUCUCUCUCUCUCCUCCACGUCAUCCUUCUCCUAGGCAAUUGAGGAGUAUAACGGCCCCUGUUGGAUCCAAUAUAUCAGUGCCCUAUACACCCUCAGCAUGUGAACAAGAGAUGGCUCAGAUAAGGAUAAUUGUACGGAGCCGCUUAUUUGCUUCAUCAACACAGCAACAACACAGGACCAGAUACUGGCUCAAAUAUGGUUAUUUUUAGACUUCUACAUUUGGAGGACAUAGGAGAGAGAGGGGGGAGGGGACAGAGAGACUGAGAGAGAAAGAGAGAGAGAGAGUUUCAGGGAAAGCUAGAGGUUUCAGGCAGUUCAUACGGUAUGGUGUUGUCUCCCAUCUCAACAACAGGAAGUGUCUGACUGUGUAAGAGAGAGAAACCCGCAAAGACAACACCGUGUGAGGAAACCAAACUGGAAUUGUCAAAACUAUCCUGUUCUACCUAUUGUUGCUGCCCUUACUCGAUGCUACGGAAACCCGUCCCAAAAAAACCCCCCCAAAAAAAAGGUUUCCUUUUUUUUUAAAAAACCCCCCCAAAAAAAAGGGGGGAAAAAAAAAAACCCCCUUUAAAGGCCCCUUUUUUAAAAUUUGGGGGUUUGGGCCCCCCAAUUUUUGGGGGGGGGGGGGGGGGUUUUUUUGGGUUUUUCCCCCUCUCCCCCCCUUUUUUUUCCCCCCCCCCCACCUCUCCCCCUCCCCUCUUUCCCCCUCUCCCCCUCCCUCUCUCCCCCCUUUUUUUUUCCCUCUCUCCCUUUUUCCCCCCCCCUUUUCCCCCCCCCUUUUCCCCUUUUUUUCCCCCCCCCCCCACCCCCCCCCCCCCCUUUUUUUUCUUCCCCUCCUCCCUUUUUUUUUCCCCUCCCCCCAAAAAUUUUUUCCCCCCCCAAAAAAAAAGGGGGUUUGGUCCCCUUUUUUUCCCCCCCCCCAAAAAAAAAGGGGGGGUUUUUUUUUUCCCCCCCUUUUUUUUCCCCCCCCCCUUUUUUUUUUCCCCCCCUUUUUUUUUUUUUCCCCCCCUUUUUUUUUUUUGGGGGGGGGGUUUUUUUUUUUUCCCCCCGGGUUUUUUCCCCCCCCUUUUUUUUUUCCCCCCCCCCCUUUUUUUUCCCCCCAAAAAGGGGGCCCCCCCCAACCCGGGGGUUUUUUUUUCCCCCCCUUUUCCCCUUUUUUUCCCCUUUUUCCCUUUUUUCCUUUUUUUUUUUUUAAAACCCCCCCCUUUUUUUCCCACCUUUUUGGCCCCUUUUUUUUCCCCCCCUUUCCCCAAACCCCCCCGGGGUUUUUUCCUCCCCGUUUUUUUUUCCCCCCCCCCUUUUUUUUUGGGCCUUUUUUAAAAAAAAAAAAUUUUUAAAAAAAAAAAUUUUUAAAAAAAACCCCCCCCCCAAAAAAAAAACCCAAACCCCCCCCAAAAAAAAAAAAAAAAAAGGGGGUUUAAAAAUUUUUUUUAAAUUUUAACCCCCCGGGGAUUGGGUUUGGGGGGGGGGAAAAACCCCAGAGGAAAAAAAGGGGUUUGGGGGGGGGGGGGGGAAAAACCCCUUUUUUUCCCCCCCCCCUUUCCCCGGGGGGGUUUUUUUUUAAAAAGGGAAACCCCCCCCCCGGUUUCCCCCCGGGUUUGGGCCCCCCCGCCCCUUUUUUUAACCCCCUUUUUUUUUUUUUUCUUUUUUUCUUUUUCCCCCCCUCUUUUCCUUUUCCCCCCCCAAAAACUUUUUUUUUUCCCCUUUUUCCCCCCCCCCCCCCCUUUUUUUUAAAAAAACCCCCUUUUCCAAAAUUUUUUAAAUUUUUACCCCGGGGGCCCCCCCAAAAAAAAAAAAAAUUUUAAGGGGGGAAAAAAAAUUUUUAAAAAAAAGGGGGGUUUUUUUUAAAAAAAAAGGCCCCCAAAAUUUUUUUUAAAAAAAAGGGGGGGGGGGUUUUUUUUUGGAAAAAAUUUGGGGGGAAAAAACCCCCAAAGGGCCCCCGGGGGGGGAAAAAAAGGAAAAAAAGGGGGGAGGGGGGGGGGGAAAGGGGGAGGGGAAAAAAGGGUUUAAAAAAAAAAAAAAAAUAAAAAAAAAAAAUUAAAAAAAAGGGAAAAAAAAAAAAUUUUUUUUUUGGGGGAAAAAAAAAAAAAAAAAAAAAAAAAAAAAAAAAAAUUUUUAAAAAAAAAUUUAAAAAAAAAGAAUUUUUAAAAAAAUUUUUAAAAAAAAGAGAAAUUUUUUUUUAAAUUUUUUAAAAAAUAAUUUUUUUUAAAAAAAAAAGAAAAAAUUUUUUUUUUUUAACCCUUUUUUUUUUUUUUUUAAAAAAAAUUUUUUUUUUUUUUUUUAAAAAUUUUUUUAAAAAAAAAAUUUUCCCUUUAAAAAAAAAAUUUUAAAAAAAUUUUAAAUUAAAAAAAAAAAAAAAAAAAAAAGGGGGAAAAAAAUUUUUUAUUUUAAAAAAGAGAGAAAAAAAAUUUUUUAAAAAUUUUAAAACCCCCCUUUUCCCCCCCCCCAAACCCAAUUUUUGGGGCCCUUUGGGUUUUAAAAAAACCCCCCCAAAAAAAAAAUUUUUUUAACCCCCAAAAACCCCCUUUUUUCCCCCUUUACCCCCCAAAAAAAAAAAAACCCCCCUUUUUUUUUCCCCCCCCCCUUUUUUUUUACCUUCCCCAUUUCCCCCCCCCAACCCAAACCCCCAAAAAAUUUUUCCCCCCCCAACCCCCCCCCCCCCCCCCCCCCCCCCCCCCCAAAAACCCCCCCCUUUCCCCCCCCCCUUUUUUUUUUUUGGGGUUUUUUUUUUUAAAAUUUUUUCCCCCCCCCCCUUUUGGGCCCCUUUUUUUUAAAAAAAAAGGGGGGGGGAAAAAAAAAAAAAAAUUUUGUUUUUUUAAAAAUUUUUAAAAAAAAAAAAACCUUUUAAAAAAAGGACCCUUUUUUUUCCCUUUUUUUUUUUUUUUUUUGCCCCAAAACCCAAAAAAAAUUUUUUUUUCCCCCUUUUCCCCAAAAAAAAAUUUUUGGGGAAAAAAAAUUUUUUUUUUUUUUGGGGAAAUUGGAAAAAAAAAAAAAAAAAAGGGAAAAAAAAAAAAAAAAAUUUUUUAAAAAAAAAAAAAAUAAAAAAAAAAAAAAUUUUUUUUAAAAAAUUUUUUUAAAAAAAAAAAAAAACCCCCCCCCUUUUUUUUUUCCCUCUUUUUCUCCCCCCCCUUUUUUUCCCCCCCUUUUUCCCCCUUUUUUCCCCCCCCCUUUUUUUUUUUUUUUCCCCCCUUCCCCCCCCCCCAAAACCCCCCCCUUUUUUUUUUCCCCCCCUCCCCCCCCUUUCCCCCCCCCCCCCCCCCCUUUCCCCUUUUUUUUUCCCCCCCCUUUUUUUUCCCUCCCCCCAAAACCCCCCCCCCCUUUCCCCCCCCCCCCUUUCCCCCCCUUUUUUCCCCCCUUUUUUUUUUCCCCCCUUCCCCUUUUUCCCCCCUUUUUUUCCCCCUUUUUUUCCCCCCCCCCCUUUCCCCCCCUUUUUAAAAUUUUUUUUUUUUAAAAAAAAAAAAACCUUUUUUAAAAAAAAAAAAUUUUCCCUUUCCCAUUAAAUUUUAAAAUUUAAAAAAAUUUUUCCCCAUUUCCCCCUCCUUUUUCCCCCCCUUUCCCCCCCCAAAUUUUUUCCCCCCCCCCCCCUUUUUUUUUUCCCCCCCCAAAUUUUUUUUUUUUUUUUUUCCCCCCUUUUUUUUUGGGGGAAAAAAUUUUUUUUUUUUGGGGAAAAAAAAAAAAAAAAAAAAAUUUAAAAUUUUAAAAAAAAGGGGGAAAAAAAAGAAUUUAAAAUUUAAAAAUUUUUUGGGAAAAAAAAAAAAAAAAAAAAAAAAUUUUUUUAAAGGGAAAAAAAAAAGGGGGAACCCAAAAAAAAUUUUUUUCCCCCCUUUUUAAAAAAUUUUUAAAAAAAUUUUUUAAAAAACCCCAACUUAAAAACCCCUUAAAAAAUUUAAAAACCCCCUUUUUUUUUAAAAAAAUUUCAAAAAACCCCCCCUUCCCCCCCCCCCUUUCCCCUUUUGGGGCCCCCCUUUCCCUUCCCCCCCUUUUUUUUCCCCCCCCCUUUUUUUUCCCCCUUAAACCCCCCCCUUCCCCCUUAAAAAUUUUUUUUUUUCCCCCCCCCCCUUUUUUUUUUCCGGUUUUUUUAAAAAAAAGGGGGGGGGGGGGUUUUUUUUAAAUUUUUUUCCCCCCCCCUUUUAAACCCUUUUUUUUUACCGGAAAAUUAACCCCUUUUUGGGUUUUUUUCCCCCCCCUUUUAAAACCCCUUUCCCUUCCCAUUAAAACCCAAAAAAAAACCUUUUCCUUUUUUUUAAAAUUUUUUUUUUAAAUUCCCAAAAAAAAAUUUUUUUAAAAAAUUUUUUUUUCCUGGUUUUUUAAAAUUUUUUUUUGGGGGGUUUUUAAAUUUUUUUAAAAAAAGGAAAAAAAAAAUUUUUGGGGGGUUUUUUUUUUUUUUUCCCCCCGGGGGGGGGGGUUUUUUGGGUUUUUUUUUUCCCCCGGGAAAAAUUAAACAAAAUUUCCCCCUUUUUUAAAAAUUAAAAAAACCCCCCCCAAAAAAAGGGGAAACAAAAAAUUGGUUUUUAAAAAAAUUUCCCGGGCUAGCUUCAGGAAAACCUAAUAAACCCUGGCUAUCUUCAGAUACUCAACUCUAAACUACAUGGCUAGCUUCAGGAGAACCUAAUACUACCGGCUGCUUCAGAACUAUACUAGCUAGCUUCAGGAGAACCUAAUACUAACCUGGCUAGCUUCAGGAGAACCUAAUACUAACCUGGCUAGCUUCAGGAGAACCUAAUACUAACCUGGCUUGCUUCAGGAGAACCUAAUACUAACCUGGCUAGCUUCAGGAGAACCUAAUACUAACCUGGUUUAGCCUUCCAGUAGUAGGAAACCUAAUACUAACCUGGCUAGCUUCAGGAGAACCUAAUACUAACCUGGCUAGCUUCAGGAGAACCUAAUACUAACCUGGCUAGCUUGAGGAGAUGGGACCUACCACCGGUAACUACAGUAGUUGGGACCUUUCAAUCACUACUUUUUACUUACAAAUUGUUAUUAUUAUUUUGUAUUUAAUCUUUCGCUUCAGGUAUCAUUUACAACUCAGUAGAAGUUAAAAUGGUUUGUAAAGUAAUAGCAAAAUAAGUAAUAGAAACAGCCAUAAACUAUUGCUCUGAAGUAUAUCUCUAAAACAAUCAAUGUCCUUCCUCGGUUGCAGGAGGUGGACUUAGACUCAGUGAAGGCCUUUGGGACAGUGUCAAGCACUUCUCCGUCUGUGAAUACUCCACAACAGCAUCAAGUGUCCACUACUCUGACCUCCGCUAGGCCUACUGCUACUCCCUGGGACCAAACCCAAGACUGGGGUAAGGCAGUCAAUCAUCGUGACGUUUACGUUUUAAACCAGUUUUCAACCUCAAAUCAACGAUAUAGGGUAUCAAGGUUUUGGGGAUUAUUUCAAUUGAGGUAUUAGGUUUAGUCACAUUUUAACCUACCAUUUCAAACACAAAUCCACAACAGGGGGGUUCAAGAUUUUGUUUGUGACGGAUCUGUCGAACAACAACAGGGAUUUUAAGGUUUGUUUUAUUUCAAGACAAAUCACUUUUUUGAUGGAUCUGUCAAAGUUGAUGUUAGUCAAAGGUGUAAAGGAUCUCUUCUAACCUGUAAUCUGUCUCUUAAUGGAUCUCUGGUUCCUUCUAACCUGAAAUAUGUCUCUUAAUGGAUCUCUGGUUCCUUCUAACCUGAAAUAUGUCUCUUAAUGGAUCUCUGGUUCCUUCUAACCUGUAAUCUGUCUCUUAAUGGAUCUCUGGUUCCUUCUAACCUGGAAUCUGUCUCUUAAUGGAUCUCUGGUUCCUUCUAACCUGGAAUAUGUCUCUUAAUGGAUCUCUGGUUCCUUCUAACCUGUAAUCUGCCUCUUAAUGGAUAUCUGGUUCCUUCUAACCUGAAAUCUGCCUCUUAAUGGAUCUCUGGUUCCUUCUAACCCAAAAUCUGCCUCUUAAUGGAUCUCUGGUUCCUCUAACCUGAAAUGUGUAUCUUAAUGGACUGGCCGGCCGGCACCUCAACUGAGCAGCUAUAGUGGGAGGGAGGGGCCUUUCACACCAGGCCAACUGUGUGAUUAGGUUUAGACCCCAUCGGAGAAGGGAGAAAAGGCUUAUUGCCUUUCUUUACAUACCUCAAGUCCCUCCAAUCCCUCAGUCUGUCUCUGUUUACUAUACAGUCCCUUGAGGAGUGUUUGCGGUGCACUUAGUGAGCUGGCAAGGCACAAGUCAUACGCACUAAAACUCAGAGAGUUUCCUCACAGACGGAUGGACAGAUGGAGGGAUGGAGGGACAGACAGACAGACAGACAGAGAACACGCACGCACACGCACACGCACACACAGACACACACACACAAUCACACACAGAGUGUAGGAAUGUGGCCGAGCCAUUCCGAGGGCCUGGUUCCUUGGCAGACUGCUAAAGCCUGUAAUUAGCAGGUUCCUGGGUCUUGAGCUGCCUCGCCCCAACAAAGGGGUCAAAAAGGGGGGGGCUGAGGGGUGACAGGACAGACCAAGUGGGGCGAAGGGGGCCGAGGGAGGGGGUGGGACUUUGUUCAAGAGAGAUUUACGUCUUGACCCCUUCAGUCGCUCACUUAAUGGAUUUUCUGUCUGACUGUGUCGUCUUUGUGUUUGUGGGACAAGGACACAAUGAACACACAGGUGGUUUGACCAUUUCUUGAACAAUUCUUCAGGGACUAAAUCCCUUUAUCCAGUGUUUGUUUUCGGCUGUUGUCUUGUGAUUAAGGGGACACUGAAUUAGACACUGCUAUUCUAUUGACAAAUUGCCACAUAGAAAGACAUACAAUAUUAUGAGUUGAUAAAAAAGAUUAUAUCAAAGGUUAUGCUCUUAUCUGUUGUUUACAAACGCACCGGAAGUUCUUUGGGGUUCCAGGGUUCACUUCCGCUCCUCUUCAAAAAGUCGUUAAAAAGUUUGUAUCAAAGGUUAUGGUCUUUUAACAAGUAAUGCAACACUUCAGAAUUGAAGAAGGUUGUUACCCAGAAUCUAUCUCUUAAUAUGGUGAGUUAUUUGUUGUUUAUCAGCAGAGAAUUGUGCUAUCAGGACAAAAUUCUGGAUAGGUGAUUGGCUUUGUAUCUUUAAACAGAAAAGCCACAUUUCUGUGUUAUCUGUUGCCAUUCCUCUUACAUAUGUGUUAUGUAUGUCAAAACCUGAAGAAGAGUUUCAGAUAAAAAAUGAAUUCUUUAAUUUUAAUUUUAUUAUUUUUUACAUGCAUUUCACAUUCAGCCUAUGUCUAAGAGUGUCGGUCUACAGACCAAAGUUUAUAGUUUUAUACAUAGACAGAUAUGUCUUGGACUAACUGUGUUCUUUAGUGAUGUUGUAACUGCAGACCUGUUCCAGGCCUUA